ACGAAGCUGAUGCAAGACAUUUUACUUUUAUUUUACGGAAAAAAGAAAUAAGAGGAUAAAUCAUUAGCGACACGGCCGUUGAGCUGCACUCGUCCUUGUUAGUAGUGACUUUGAAUUCAUGGCUGCCGUGCCCUCUAAUGAAUUUGUGCUUGAGGAGUUGACACGUGGAUUUGCGCAAUUUGAACUGGUUACUUCUCCAGUUGCUUCAGUUUCUGUUUCCAGUUACAGGCCUCAUCAAAGAGAAAACCCCUUUCCCCUUUUCUCUGAUCAUCAAUGCUUUGCUCGAAUUGGCCACUCACUAGGUGGAGGUUCGCCAGCCUUAAAGAAAGUAGAACAUUAUUCAGUUCAGAAAAUAACAGGUGAUGGGCGCUGCAUGUUUCGUGCUCUGGUAAAAGGGAUGGCUUUCAACAAAGGUGUGAAACUUCACCCUCGAGAUGAAAGAGACGAUGCAGAUGAAUUAAGGAUGGCUGUAAAGGAGGCUAUUUGUGAUGAUGAGAAAGAACGUCUUAAAUAUGAAGAGGCCUUGGUUGCCAUUACGGUUGAUGAGUCUUUGAGACGAUACUGCCAACGCAUUGGACGAUCUGAUUUCUGGGGAGGAGAGUCAGAGCUAUUGGUAUUAUCAAAGUUGUGUUGCCAGCCAAUUAUGGUAUACAUACCAGAACAGGAGCAUGGAGGAAGGGGCUCUGGUUUCAUUCCUAUUGCAGAAUAUGGAGCUGAAUUCCGCAAAGGUUCGAAAAACAGAAAGGCCAGGAAGGCUGUGAGGCUCCUUUAUAGUGGGAGGAACCAUUAUGACCUACUUGUAUAGGAACCUUGUCACAUUCGUCAGAGAUUUAGCAGUGUAAUCUUUUCAAAAUUUUGUAGGAAGUGUUGUGGACAUAAUCUUGUUAAUCAGAUGUAUUUCCUGAGCUUCAAAAUUAGUAGUAGUAAUUUUAAAAAAAAAAACUGAUUUUUAGAUAGUUCAUAUAAUAGGUGUAGAAUUUAUGUUCUCAUGUGGUGACUUUGUUCAUAUUUUUCUUAUUGUCUAAUUUUUUUUCUGAGAGCCAAGUAUGUUAGACUACCUAAUUACUAA